AUGGAUUUAAUAUAUUCGAUGAGACGGAAGCCGCUCAAAUGUGAACCUCCAAAUUUUGAUGGUACAACAGAUCCAGAAGCAGUCCGUCCUAUUUGUACUAUCUCCACACUAAACAUAAUAGCGUUUACAUCCUUCACUGACCUCUCGGAUGCAGAUGGAGAUACCUGGGGUGGUCAUGUGUAUGUCUGCGACUUGAACACACCUUGGAACAGUCACAAAGUUACAAGUACUACACACCCUGUGUCGACUCUAGAAUGGGAUGGGGAAGGCGAGAAUCUUUUAGUUGGUACUACCACAGGAGACGUGUCAGUGUAUGGACCGAAGGAUUAUCUUCUAAAUGACUGGACUUGUUUAUAUACAACAAAUCUUCCUGGUGAAAAAGUGAUAAAGGCCAUAUUUUUUCACAAUGGACGUCGCAUUCUCGCGUUAGAUAAGAAAAUAGAAGUACCAAUUCAUGAACGCUUUCAGAUAUUAAGGAGCACUCCGACCCUGAAGGGUUUUGGCGGUGUAGGAUGCGAAGGGGCAUGCGUGGUUACGGCUACGGGUUUGCUCGGGGCCUUGACCCCGGCCUCCGCCCCUGGCCCGGCGCAGGUGGGCACGGAGCCGCUGCGACCCGCUAGGGAUCUGAUAACUGCUGCCGCAUUCGCGCACAAAAACGGCAACAUCGUGAUAGCGGCGAGCAGCGUGUGUGCAUCGCGGCGCGUAAUCCGGGCGGCGCUGGUGAGCGUGUCACGGCCUCUGGCGCUCGCGCCGGUUUCUCUGCACGUCACGCCUCUGCCGACGCUCUAUCUGCCCGACGAGGCGGUGCAUAUGCCCGUGUCGAUAAGCUGGAACUGCAGCGACGACAUGGACAGCCUGCUCAUAGCCGGAAACACGCUCAGCAUGUGGAAGCUCACGGAGCGUGCUUAUCCCCUCCACAAACUCCUAUACAAGGGUCCCGUCCAAGGCAGCACGACCCCCGGCGGUGGGGCCAAAGCUUCGGCAGACUGCUUCUCUACUCUUAGCUGGCAACCCACCGGUGCGUGGCCAAUGGAGAGCGGGGAGUUGGGCACGUGCAUAGCCAGCUGCAAGCUGCAGCUGAAUUCGCCCCUCGCCGUGCUGGCGACUCCGCGAGCGGUACAUCUGCUGGGCGAUUCGCACCAUUACCUUUGCAGUCGGCCCGUGGUGACGGGCACCGAGGUGUGCGCGCCGUCUUCCACUCCACCCAAGAAGACUAAGUACGGCCCUGGCGCAUUACCCAGCGGAGCGGCGUGCGCCCGCGUGUGGAGCGUGGACGUGUCGUGGUCGUCGAGCGUGGCCGUCGCCCUGGACACGCACUCGCAGCUGCACCUCUACAAGAUUCAUGCGGAUCUACCCAGCCAGCACGCGGUGGUGCAGCUAAACGGCCUCGUUGAGUACUCGAUGGUGAGCGGACACGACUGCCUGGACGCGCUGCUUACGCUCAAGCCCAACGUGCUCGAGGCGCUCUACGAGAGGAUAACAGAAAACUUCCUACGGCAGCCCCAAGCGUUCCAGCAACAUUACUACCACAGCUGGCUUCGGCUGCGGAUGCUCCUCUGUAGCAUGAUUCCAACGGCAGCGGCGAGCACUUCGAAUCUCACUUCGCUGCUGAUGUGCAGCGCGACAGUGGCGGCGUGCGCAGGCGCACUCCGCUGCGACGACAAAGACACGGGAGCGCCGGGCUCCGCUCUCGCCAAUUCCACGCUUCAAGCUCUGCAGGCACUACUCGACGACUCGAGCGGCGAACACGACAAGAAUUUGAUAGCCCUCGAAGCAAAGGCAGAGGCGAUCGGCGAGACGGCGCUUCCGCCGCUUCAUCCGCUGCAAGCGUUGCGGCGACCUCUCCAACGCGCUUUGCACACGGCGCUCACGACGCUGGCGGCGCUGCAAGCGUCGGCCUCGCACCACGGCUAUGAUCUGUGGUCGGACGUCUCCGCGGUGACGUUGCUGCGGAAGUUGGUGGUGGUGUGUCGGGCGAGCGCCCGGAGCAUCGGGUGCGCAGUGGACUCGGGCGCCGCCCUUCAGAGCGCUCUGGCCCGCCUCGGCGUGUCGCAGCACGCCAUCAAACCCGACCUCAUCGAGGAGUGGCUGACCCUGUGCGCGCAGAUCCCGGGCCGCGUGUGGGAGUCGCUGCCUCGCUGCGGGGUCAUCGCGCCGCACGGCCGCCCGCCGCCCUUCUACUUCGAGUACGACGUGGAGCCUGAGGCGCUGCGGCACGUGCCCGAAGCUCCCUCGUACGCGGUGUCCGAGUCGAGUGCCUCUUUCGAUAUGGACGCUGUCAGAUACAUGUACUUCGGUGGCGGCGAGAAAGGAUGCGGCAAGUGGCGCCAGUGCAGCCGCUGCGGAGCGCGAGUGUUGCCGGCCUCUAACUGCGCCCGACAUCCCCUUCAGCGGGCCUACGACGCCCGAUUCGUCGCCAAGUGCAGGUGCGGAGGAAAAUGGAUGCUGCUGUCGAAAGUGUAG